UCCACUUGGUGGUAGCGAGAGAUAAUUUGUUGCGCCUGUUUGAGGUGAGGCGACAACGACGGACUGAAAACCUAAUUCCUAGUGAUGAAGAACCGCAUUCAAGCACCGGGAUUUCUCAUUCUACUCGUCUCUAUCUCAUACGGCAACAAUCCCUAUAUGGUAUCGUUACAGGCCUUGCCUCCGUCAAAACCCUUGCCACCGAAGUCGAUGGCUGUGAUAGGUUACUGAUCUCAUUCAAGGAUGCCAAGUCUACAGGAGAUACCCUAAUUGAUGCUAAUCCCGUUAGUGACCUGCCAUACUCACCUAGUUUUGUUCUGGGAUAUAAUGAGAUCGACGAACAUAUCCGAAACGUCGUCGAUGUCGUCUUUUUGCCGGGAUUCAACACUCCAACAGUUGCUAUUCUCUUUCAGCCUGGGCAAACCUGGACCGGUCGACUAAAGGAGACCAAGGACAAUACCUGCUUGUUCGUGGUGUCACUCGAUAUAGUGACGCGAUCUUAUCAGGUUAUUAUGACGGUCGAACGACUCCCAUACGAUUCCCUAUACCUAGUCCCUUGUCCACAUUACGUUGGUGGAGUGAUUUUGGUCUCGGGAAACUCACUGAUUCACGUUGACCAUGCCUCGAAAACCGUUAUUCUUCCGGUGAGCGGAUGGGCUCAUCGCAUCACAGAUGUGCCGUUAGGUCCCGCGGAUCCAUUCGAAGAUAUAUCUUUAGAAGGAAGUCGAGCCGUAUUCAUUGAUGAUAUCACUCUUCUUAUCGUAUUGGAGACAGGGACCGUCCGUACCCUCCGAAUACAACAUGAGGGUCGUCUGGUGAGAGCCCUUGCUCUCCAGGCACCCAUAGGUAUUCUACCUCCUCCUUCUGCAGUGAUAUCGUCACAUAGCUUGGUAUUUGUGGCUAGCUCAUCGGCGCAGUCGGUUCUUUUACAAGUCGACAUUCCAACCCCCAAAAACCCACCCACAGAUGAUAUGGAGCCUGAGCAAACGUCUGGAAUAGAUCUCCUUGAGAUAGAAAGCCCAGUGGUUACAUCUAUCCCAGCUUUUAAUGAGGACUCACAGGCUUUACCCUCGUUACUCCCUCAAGAUAGCUUGGAGGACCCUGGUGUCUUGACAG